AUGAAAGUAGAAGAUAGGUUUCAUUUUUAUAAUGGGUAUUGCACUAUAAAUUUUGAUUUUCUAAGGCAUAUUGGGGCAGUAGACAAUACUUGACCUUAAUCAUGGUUAAUGUGAUGAUCAUGUUUGCUGGUUUGCAAGAUCAUCAGGAGAAAGCAAAGUACCUUCUGAUCAUUAACCAUGGGUUUAGGUUUGAUCAACUCUUAAUUUUCUUCCUGAUCAUUCUUUCAAGCUUGUGGAGUUGUCAUGUUGUUGCUGCAGCAGACAAUAUUGGGGACACACUCAAAAUUGGCGACACUCUCAACUCCUCAAGUGCUUUAGUUUCUGCCUCUGGGAAGUUCACGUUGCUUUUCUUGCCAAACAGUUCAAGUUCCAACUACAGUUAUCUAUAUAUUACGCGGUACAAUGUAACUAGUGCGAAUAAGGGGUGGGUUGGCAACCGAGACUCACCUGUCUUGUACCCGUUUGGAGUUCUUACCUUGGACUCCAACAACACUUUGAAAAUCAUUACAACGCAAGGUGGUCCGGGCGGUGGUGAUGAUGAUCCUCUUGUAGUGCUUGGCUCCGCGCCAAAAAGUAGUAGCAAUGUUGCGGCUACUCUGUCGGAUUCUGGUAAUUUUAUCCUACAAGAGUUGAACUCCGAUGGAUCAACGAAGCAGGUAUGGUGGCAAAGUUUUGAUUAUCCAGCAGAUACCUUUUUACCAGGCAUGAAGUUAGGUGUCAACCGUAGCAACGGGCACAUUUGGUCUCUUACGUCAUGGACAUCAGUUAACUACCCACCGCCGGGGCCUUUCAUCCUAGAUUGGGACCCAACUGCCCGCCAAUUGGAAAUUCGGAGAGAAGGGGUGGUUUAUUGGAGAAGCGGAAACUAUAGUGCUACAAACAACAGAUUCCAAAACAUUUUGCCGAAUGCAAAGGUUAGCUACAAGUUUAGCAUUGUUUCAAAUGAGAAUGAAGACUACCUCACCUACACUUCAGAAGAUGGUGCAUAUGAGUUAUCAGAAUGGAUUCUAAAUUAUUAUGGGAAGCUUUUUAAUUAUUAUGGAUUGGGAAUUGAUAUCGCACGAGCAGAUCAGUGUGGAGGCUACGACACAGAUGGAGUAGGGUGCCAGACAAAGGGCCGGCCAACUACUUGUAUGGCGGAUUUCGGCAGUCCAUUUGUGCUAAAAAAAGGUUACUUUAAACCAAUCACCUCGAGUUCAGCUUCAAGAUGCCCAUACUCGCUCAACUUUGUAUCAAAUGGAAGUUACAGUGGUACUAGUAUUGACUGUAACAAUACUUGUUUGCAAAACUGUGACUGCCUUGGAUUGGACUUUCAAUUUGAUAAUCAGACUGGAUGCCGAUUUUGGAGUGUGGACUGUGAGUUCGUUGAAGACCUCACUCGACCUGAUAAUUCAAGCAGUUUGGUUUUAGCAAAAUUACCACCAAGCAAAAGCAGUGCAAGGCAUAAAUGGAUCUGGAUUGGGGUUGCUAUUAGUGCUGCUCUAGUGAUAACGGCCUUUUCCAUCUUGUGCUAUCUACGAAGAAGAAGAAGAAGACAAUCUAAACUUUCAGGUGAGGGUAAGAUCGACCAGAAUGAAUUGCUGAACUUCAGGAGUUCUAAGAGGCCUACUGAUUUCAAUGGACUUCAAAAUGAUGGAAAGACGGGACAUGAUUUGAGCGUAUUUAGCUAUGCAUCUGUGAUGGCUGCCACAAUCAACUUCGCUGAAGAAAACAAGCUUGGAGAAGGGGGCUUUGGACCUGUCUAUAAGGGGAAAUUGGCAACAGGAGAAGAAGUAGCUGUGAAGAGGCUUUCAAAAUGUUCAGGGCAAGGAACACUAGAGUUUAAGAAUGAAUUGAUCCUCAUAUAUGAACUUCAACACACAAACCUUGUUCAGCUUUUUGGAUUUUGCAUUCACGGUGAAGAGAGGAUGUUGAUAUAUGAGUACAUGCCAAACAAAAGUCUGGACUACUUUUUAUUUGAUUCAGUCAGAGGUGUUUUUCUAGAUUGGAGCAAGCGUUUCAGCAUAAUUGAAGGAAUCGCUCAAGGAUUGCUUUAUUUGCACAAAUUCUCAAGAACAAGAGUAAUUCAUAGAGAUUUAAAAGCCAGUAACGUACUACUUGAUGAAAAUAUGAACCCCAAAAUUUCGGAUUUUGGUAUGGCUAGGAUUUUCUCCAUUAAUGAACUGGAAGCAAAUACUAGUAGGAUUGUUGGGACACGUGGUUACAUGCCUCCUGAGUACGCAAUGGAAGGAAUUUUCUCUACAAAAUCCGAUGUCUACAGUUUUGGAGUGUUGGUGCUUGAAAUCAUAAGUGGUAGGAAAAACAAUAGCUUCUACAAUGAUGAUCGCGCCAUCAAUUUAGUAGGAUAUGCAUGGGAGUUGUGGAAAGAAGGCGCAGGGCUACAACUAAUGGAUCCAGCACUAGCUGAUUUGUGUACUAACAAAGAUCAACUGUUAAGAUGCGUUCAAGUUGGUCUUCUAUGCGUGGAGGAUAGUGCAGCGAAUCGACCUACCAUGUCAGAUGUGCUCUCCGGGUUGACAAAUGAAAGCUCACCAUUACCUGCACCUACAAAGCCAGCAUUUUCUACAGAUAGACAUGCGGUCACCAGUACUAUAGCUGAAAAGGAACCACAAAUUUUAUCUGUAAAUGAUCUGACCAUUUCCGCUUGUGAUGGACGUUAAAGCCUUAGAGGCACUAGCACAUUGUUUAGGAGUUCUAGCUCAAGUCAGAUUGAGAUGGAUGAGAAAGUAGUAGGUCUUAAGAUUGCAUCUCAUAGUUUCUGAAAAACAUAAUUAAAUAAAUAAAAACAAUGCAGAAGCUUCAACUGUAAUAUCAGUUUUCAGUUUCAUACUGGGCCUGUCAAUUUGGGUUUUAUUCAUUUGAGCCCAUCGACAAAUAGAAGAACAAAAAUUGACUGGUAUUAAUGGAC